AAGAGGCUUCAAACAGACAUGAAAUGAUGUCCAGAAACAUGGAGGAGAUUUCAGAGACUGCUAUUGCAUGCUACGCAAACCUGUCAAGCAGGGAGAAGAGACUUGCCAAAAAAUUCUUCCAAGCAAUGGAUACAGAUGGAGAUGGCAAAAUCAGUUUCGAAGAGUAUGAACAGUAUAUUAAGACAAGGAAAGGGUUUAAAACAAUUACUUCUCCUGAUUUCUUCAAAAAGCUAGACAAAGAUGGAAAUGGGACCUUGAGUUUUGAUGAAUUUAUCACUCUUCACUACGUAUGCUCAAGUGAAAGAGUCUACUUUUGUGAUGAGUGUAAAGUUUUUUUAGCCGGAGUUUACUUCACUUGUGUCCAAUGCUUCAAUGGUUCUGGUAAUACGUAUGAUCUUUGCUGUUCUUGUUAUCAUGACAAAGAUAUCAAUCAUCACAAGGAUGCUGUGUUUCUUGAUAAUUACACCUUACUGCAAGCUUUGAGGGAGCAAAACAAGGCUUCUGGAAGUCAGAGAAAAAGUGGAGUUUCAGGGAGAGCUGCACUUGCAAACUUUGGUGUUUCAACUAUUUCUACAGGUCCAAAUUUUGGUUUUUCAAGUACUUUUACAGGAACAGACUUUGGUUUUUCAACUAUUUCUGAUUCUGGCGGUGCCUCAGGUUGCCACCAGUGAUACACUCGAAUAUUUAUAAUUAGUUGGUGUAAUUUUAUUUUUGAAUCGAACAGUUCUUGUAUUAUUUUACUUUAUUUCCAUAAAAACAUAAUGAGCCAUCGAUUGUUGUUUUUUACAUAAUUCGGUUUAUGAAGUAAUUAACUUUAAUUAAUUUACACCCACUUUUAGCCUGUUAGGGACGCAA